AUGCAUAGCCAAGUUGAUAAUGACCCAACUCCAUCAAGUCAGAAUAGGAGGGACAAUGACAGUUCCAAGAAUAGAAGAAACAGAGAUAGGAGAAAAUCUCGUACGUCGGAGGCCGUUUGUGGUGCUACAAAAAGAGUUAGAAAAGGAGGUGUAGCAAAUGAAGGUGUAUCAAAUAAUGGUGCUGCAACUGAAGGUGCAUCAAAUGGAGGGGCAGCAGGUCAAGGUGCAUCAAAUGGAGGUGCAGUAGGUGAAGGUGCAACAAAUGAAGGUGCAGCAACUGAACCUGUAACAGAAACUGGGGCAGCAACUGAAGCUGAAGCAUGUGAAAAUAGAGAAGGUGCAGCAACUGAAGCUGAAACAGAAGCUGGUCCUGAAACUGAAGCUGAACACAACCCACUAUUGGAUGAUAUUGUGGAAGGGGAAUUAAAUAGUGAUCCAGAUUCAGAAGAUGAAGAUGUUCCUGUGAGAUACACUAGUUUCAAUGCUAGCAGAGAUGGAACAGAUCCCCAUUUUCAUGUUGGGCAAAAAUUUGGAACCAAAAAAUAG